UUCUCUGUGAAAGAAAUGGGGAAGGCUACACGGUGGCUUAAGGCGGUGUUGGGCAUGAGAAAGGACAAGGAGAAAGAACAGAACCCAUCGGUUUUGCACGACAAGAGAGACAAAAAGCGGUGGAGUUUCGCCAAGCCCGGAAAAGGUGUUGAUGCGAAUUCUCAGAUUCCAUUCAACGUAGGAAAUGAUUUUCCCUCCACGGAUGCUGCUUGGCUGACGUUUUUCCAGAAAACCCAGAAGGAGCAUGCAUUAGCCGUGGCUGCUGCCACUGCCGCAGCCGCUGAUGCGGCGAUGGUGGCUGCUCAAGCGGCGGCCACCGUUGUUAGACUGACCAGCAAUGCCAAAGGAGCUCUCUUUGGCGGAGGGAAAGACAAGUGGGCUGCUGUUAAAAUUCAAACUGUGUUUAGAGGCUAUCUGUCUCGGAAAGCACUUAGAGCAUUGAAAGGACUUGUUAGACUGCAAGCUCUUGUUAGACGCUAUCUUGUAAGGAAGAGAGCCGCCGCUACUCUCCACAGUAUGCAAGCUCUUAUCCGAGCACAAUCGGAGGUUCGAUCUCGACGAUUACGUCGCUCCUUCAACAAGGAGAAUCGGUACUAUCCCGAAAACCGGUCAUGGAAAUCGAUUGAAAGAAUUGAUGAAACGAGAAGUGAAUUUCAGAGCAAAAGACUCUCCAAACCAAUUGAUACCAAUGCGUACGACGACGACCCGAAAAUAGUUGAAAUCGAUACGUAUAAGCCACGAUCAAGGUCUCACCGGUUCAACGUCGCGUUAUCCGAAUGUGGGGAUGACUUGACUUACCAAACAAUCUCAUUACCUCUUCAACGUGUGGAUCCGGCCCGAACAUCGUUACACCGUUGCCAAAAUCUUAAUGAUUUCGAGUGGUUCUUUCCAGGCCGUGACGAAUGUAGGUUUGCUAGUGCUCAUAAUACUCCUCGUUUUGCCAACGCAACUCAGUCCGAUGCUCCUUCGACACCGGCUAAGAGUGUGUGCGGAGAUGGCUAUUUUAGGCCGUAUUCGAAUUUCCCGAACUAUAUGACGAACACGCAGUCGUUUAAGGCCAAGUUAAGAUCUUACAGUGCCCCAAAGCAAAGGCCGGAAUCAGGAGCAAAGAAGAGGCUUUCGCUAGAUGAAAUCAUGGCUGCAAGAAACAGCAUGAGUGGAGUACGAAUGAACAAGUCAUGUUACCAAGUUCAUGAAUGUUUGAAAAUUUGAAAACUUCAAAAACUAGUUCUUUUUGUUGU